UGGGGGACCUGCACCAAGAGCCUCGGGAUCUGGGGCCUGGAGAGGCGCCCGGCUGAAGCUGCCUGGCUGUCGGCUUCCAGACACCACCGCCACCAGCCGGCAAACACCCUCCGCCUCAGUUUCUCCCACCCCCACCGUCCCCUCCCCCACCCAUCCAGGGGGCGGGGCCAGAGGUCAAGGCUAGUGGGUGGGAUUGGGGAGGGAGAGAGGUGUCGAGCCGUCCCUUGGAGAGCCCUCGUUUUCCUAGGCCCCCGGCUUGGGGCGCCUUCCUUCCCCAUGGCGGGACACCUGGCUUCCGACUUCGCCUUCUCGCCCCCGCCGGGCGGUGGAGGCGAUGGGCCGGGAGGGCCAGAGCCGGGCUGGGUUGAUCCUCGGACCUGGAUGAGCUUCCAAGGGCCUCCCGGUGGGUCAGGGAUCGGGCCGGGGGUUGGGCCCGGCGCCGAGGUGUGGGGUCUUCCCGCGUGCCCCCCGCCCUAUGACUUGUGCGGAGGGAUGGCCUACUGUGCACCUCAGGUUGGAGUGGGGCUGGUGCCCCAAGGCGGCCUGGAGACCCCUCAGCCCGAGGGCGAGGCGGGAGCCGGGGUGGAGAGCAAAUCCGAGGGGGCCUCCCCGGAGCCCUGCGCCGCCCCCGCUGGCGCCGAGAAGGUGGACAAGGAGAAGCUGGAGCCGAACCCCGAGGAGUCCCAGGACAUCAAAGCUCUUCAGAAAGACCUCGAACAAUUUGCCAAGCUCCUAAAGCAGAAGAGGAUCACCUUGGGAUAUACCCAGGCCGAUGUGGGGCUCACCCUGGGGGUUCUCUUUGGGAAGGUGUUCAGCCAAACGACCAUCUGCCGUUUUGAGGCUUUGCAGCUCAGUUUCAAGAACAUGUGUAAGCUGCGGCCCCUGCUGCAGAAGUGGGUGGAGGAAGCUGACAACAACGAGAAUCUGCAGGAGAUAUGCAAGGCAGAGACCCUCAUGCAGGCCCGGAAGAGAAAGCGGACAAGUAUUGAGAACCGAGUGAGAGGCAACCUGGAGAGCAUGUUCCUGCAGUGCCCAAAGCCCACGCUGCAGCAGAUCAGCCACAUCGCUCAGCAGCUCGGGCUUGAGAAGGAUGUGGUCCGAGUGUGGUUCUGCAACCGUCGCCAGAAGGGCAAACGAUCAAGCAGUGACUAUUCGCAACGAGAGGAUUUUGAGGCUGCUGGGUCUCCUUUCUCAGGGGGACCAGUAUCCUUUCCUCUGGCGCCAGGGCCCCAUUUUGGUACCCCAGGCUAUGGGGGUCCUCAUUUCACUACGCUGUACUCCUCAGUCCCAUUUCCUGAGGGUGAGGCCUUUCCCUCGGUGUCUGUCACCACUCUGGGCUCCCCCAUGCAUUCAAACUGAGGUGUCUGCCCUUCCCAGGAAUGGGGGCAGAGGAAGGGGGACAGCUAGGGAGAGAACACUGGGGUUCGUACCAGGGCUUUGGGAUUAAGUUCUUCAUUCACUAAGAAAGGAAUUGGGAACACAAAGGGUGUGGGGGCAGGGAGUUUGGGGGAACUGGUUGGAGGGAAGGUGAAGUUCAAUGAUGCUCUUGAUUUUAAUCCCCACAUCACUCAACACUUUGUUCUUAAAUAAAGAAGCCUGGGACCUA